GACAGAGAAGAGACAAGAGGGUACAAAGAGGGGGUGGGUUGAAAGAGAAAUGGUGUGAGAGAGAGAGAGAGAGAGAGAAAGGGAGAGUUCAACCACUUUAGUUCGGGAGGAGGGAUGUAUGGGGAAGGGUGUUUCUCACACCGUGAGGAUUCUUCUCUUGGGAUCUUUGAGCUCUGAAACCCUUCUCUGUGGAUGCACAGCCCGUGUGUGCCCUGUGCCCCUGGUCGCCCGCAACCCCUCGGCCGGGCGAACAUGCGUUACCUGGCCCUCUCUGCUGCUCUGUGCCUGCUCAGCUGCUUCUUAACAGGCUGCGCUCUGGACCUGUCUGACGUCACCCUGAUAAACCCAGAACCCGUGGUGUCAGCGGCAGACACCUCUUUGCUGUGUGUGAGCAGCGACUGGACGUACCCUGGUUCCACUUCCCUCAGCCUGGGCCGAGAAUUCCCACUCCCGCAGCCGGAGAUCUUGAGCACGGCGGCAGACGAAGUGCACCGCUCCGCUGCCAAGGUUACGUGGAAGACACGUAGCGAGAUAUACGGAGCUUUCUUCUGCCAAGCCAAGAACUCCAGCGGCAGCAAAGUCUACACUUACAAAAUACCGCACGAAGCGGCGUUCCUUCCUGAAGCUCUCACUGUGACGGCAAGCAAAGGAGAUGAUGUCAACAUCUCUUACACAAGAAGGAAGGUGGUCCAGGAGGACGCGGUCAUCUACAAGACUGUUAUAGAUCAGUAUUUCGAGACAACUGUGCUUAAGCAGGACAUCAAGGAUUCAGUGUCGUAUUCCCUCAGCAACGUGACAGUCUCGCAUGAUGGGAUCUACACCAUCCGCUACAUGUCCGGAGCCCUGCCCACUGCUGCCAUCACCCGCCUCAUAGUUAGGAGCUGUAAGGCAGGUCUGUGGGGUUCUAACUGUACCAAGGCCUGCCCGGCCUGCAUUAACGGUGGAGUGUGUGAUGACAAGACGGGAGAGUGUAUCUGUCCCCCAGGCUUCAAGGGGCCCACCUGUGAGACAGUGUGUGGUGAGGGUCGCUUCGGUAGGAGCUGUAAAGAACGCUGUGUAGACCACCAGUGUCGCUCCCUGGUCUUCUGCCUCAGAGACCCGUACGGGUGCUCGUGUGCAUCUGGUUGGCAGGGUUUGAACUGCAGCGAGGCCUGCCGUCCUGGUUACUAUGGUGCCGGCUGCAAGCUGAAGUGUGUGUGUAGGGAGAGUAGGGGGACCUGCGAUCGCUUCCGAGGAUGUGUGUGUCCCGGCAGACACGGUGUCCACUGUGACAAAGAAGAUGUAGCUGUGGUCAUAGUGAGCAGUCUCAGAGAUACGGAGCUGAACGCCGGCGCCUCCUUUGCCGUGAACUGCUCAGCACGAGGCCAGCCAGCUCCGCUACACCGCGAAAUCCUCCUGCUCAAGCCAGACAAGACCGUUGUAUAUGCUGUGGACACAGAGACCGAGAAUGACCAGAGCACCUCCAUGUUCAGGGUGGAGUCCGUCAACGUGUCUGAUGCAGGUCGCUGGCACUGUCAGGUGAAGACCACCGGCGUCCAGGUGGAGAAAGGCUUCUCUGUCAAUGUUAAAGUUCCGCCACAGCCUCAGAACCCCCCGUUGCUGAAUAGCAGUGGACCAUAUCAUCUGGUAGUGCUGGUCAAUAAAGAUCCCUACACUGGGGACGGACCUGUGACCUCAGUCCGGCUGGCCUACAAGGCAGUCAAUUCAUCUGCGUGGGAGUCAGUAGAAGCGAGUGGCUCUCAGGUGAAGCUGGAGAAUCUCUCCCCUAUGACAGAGUACACUGUUUCUGUUUGGCUGAGCCGCAAGGGGCCUGGAGGCACCGGCUACCCAGGACCUGAAGCUAACUUCUUCACACAGAUGCUGGAUGUGCGUCUCCCCGUAGGGGUCAGGCUGACCCCGCUGAACCAGACCUCCCUGGCCUUGACCUGGAAUGCCGCCCCGGCUGCUGCCCUCGCCACAGAUGACUGGAGCUAUGAGGUGGUAUGCAGGCAGGUUGGGGCAGCGGAGGGGCUCGUGCGGAGCUUUCGCCUGCCUGCGAACUCCACAGGCACCCAGCUGGGGGAGCUCCAUCCCCGGCAGCUGUAUCAGUGCAGCGUGAAACUGAGCGGCCGGGUGGCAGACCCGUGCCACACCUCCAUUACUGCUUGGACGCUCAGCGAUGAACUACCCCCUGCCCCGACUGAUGUGUUCGCUUCCAACAUCACCGACUCCUCCGCCAUCAUUACCUGGGCCAUCGCCGAGGGCCACUCCAUCUCCAAGGUGGUCAUCCGUUAUCAGGAGAUGGAGAAUGACGACUACAGACAACAGGUGGAGCUGGCAGUGCAGGUGGAGCAGAGGAACAUGCACUUUCAGCUGCGAGGGCUCAAGCCUGAUGCGGACUAUCUGCUGGAGCUCUGGUCUAAAAACAACAUAGGCGAGAGCCAGGAGAAAUUGCCCAUCAGUCUGAGGACACUAAGUGCAGAAGAAAACUUUCGGCUGUACGGACUCGGUGCUGAUGGGAACCUGCUCUUCUAUGCCAUCCUGGGCUCGGCUGGCAUGACCUGCCUUACCGUCCUUCUGGCCUUCUGCAUUAUCCUGCAGCUCAAGAGAACCUCCUUUCAGAGGCGCAUGAGGGAGGAACCAGUGGUCCAGUUCAGCUCAGGAUCCUUGACCAGGAUCAAGAAAGCAAAGAGCUCCUCCCAGGCUGUGCCAUACCCCACGCUGGAGUGGAGCGACAUCAAGUUCCAGGAUGUGAUCGGAGAGGGAAACUUCGGCCAGGUGCUGAAGGCCCGUAUCAAGAAGGACGGCCUGCGCAUGGACGCCGCCAUCAAGAGGAUGAAAGAGUACGCGUCCAAGGACGACCACAGGGACUUUGCCGGGGAACUGGAGGUGCUGUGUAAACUGGGACAUCACCCCAACAUCAUUAACCUGCUGGGAGCCUGCGAACACAGAGGUUACCUGUACCUGGCGAUCGAAUUCGCUCCACACGGCAACCUGCUGGACUUCCUGCGGAAGAGCCGCGUGCUGGAGACAGACCCUGCCUUCGCCAUUGCCCACAGCACGGCCUCCACUCUCUCCUCCCAGCAGCUGCUACAUUUCGCUGCCGACGUGGCCCGGGGCAUGGACUACCUGAGCCAGAAGCAGUUCAUCCACCGGGAUUUAGCAGCCAGAAACAUCCUGGUGGGGGAGAACUUCAUAGCGAAGAUCGCUGACUUUGGCCUCUCACGUGGUCAAGAGGUGUACGUGAAGAAGACCAUGGGCCGACUGCCUGUACGAUGGAUGGCCAUCGAAUCUCUGAACUACAGUGUGUACACAACCAACAGUGACGUAUGGUCAUAUGGAGUACUUCUCUGGGAGGUGGUGAGUUUAGGUGGCACACCUUACUGUGGCAUGACCUGCGCCGAGCUAUAUGAAAAACUACCCCAGGGCUAUCGGCUGGAGAAACCACUCAACUGUGACGAUGAAGUCUUUGAGCUGAUGAGACAGUGCUGGAGGGAGAAGCCCUAUGAAAGACCCUCAUUUGCGCAGAUCCUGGUGUCUCUCACUCGCAUGCUGGAGGAGAGGAAGACGUAUGUGAACACCACGCUGUAUGAGAAGUUCACCUAUGCUGGCAUCGACUGUUCGGCUGAGGAGGCAGGCUAAACGACGCAGCGGGGGCGUGCUGGGCUACUGCCUCCUCCCCAACCUCCUCCCCCACCCAACGUGGUGGAGGCACGGUGGUGGUGUGGAUCUGGCAUGUGCUGGAUAUGUAUCAUAAAGUUGUCAAGGUUUAUGCAAUCCUCUGAUCGGGAUUCACGGACUACAGUCUUUUUGCACACAUUGUGUAUUCCUGUUAUAUAAUGACAAACAGAAAAAAUAUCAGUUCAUAUGUCUAGUUUAUGUUUAGUCUAGUUUAUCAUCCUGACCAUGGCUGUAAAAUAGUUGUGUCAAAUGGGCAUGUAAUAUUGUUGUUAAUGUGAUAAUGGGUUGGUCUGAAAGACAGAGAGACAGUGACAGUGAGACAGUAUUAAACAAUAAGCCUAAACUGUAGAUGUAUAUUACAAAUUCCAAGCUGCAGAUAGCAGACUUUUUGUUUGAUGGACUAAGCUUUGAAGAGCUGUGUGUAGAAUAUUCAUACUCGCAAGACUUUUUAGGGACCAAUAAACUUGUGAAAUACUUUUAUUA